AUGGAGAAAGGGGAAUGGGACAACUGCACAUUGCCAGUGGAGUUUCACCUGCUGGGAAUGGGGAAUAUCCCCACUCUCCAGACACCGCUCUUCCUCCUCUCACUCAUCAUCUACUUGGUGACUGUGGUUGGGAACAUCCUCAUCGUUGUGGUGGUCAUGGCAGACCAGCAUUUGCAUACCUGCAUGUAUUUCUUCCUGGGCAAUCUGUCCUCCUUGGAGAUCUGCUACAGCUCCACCAUCCUGCCCCGAUUGCUGGCCAGCUUCCUGACCGGGGACAGGACCAUCUCUGCUCAUGGCUGUAUAGUACAGUUCUACUUUUUUGCUGCUUUAGCAUGUACUGAGUGUUACCUGCUGGCAGCCAUGUCUUAUGAUCGGUAUCUGGCCAUAUGCCAGCCCCUGCUCUAUGCAGGCCUCAUGACCUGGAAGCUCUGUCUCCAGAUGGCAGCUUGGUCUUGGCUAAUGGGGUUCCUUAUCUGCACAGUAGUCACUUCUUUCCUAUUGCAGUUGAAGUUCUGUGGCACCAAGGCUAUUGACCACUUCUUCUGUGAUUUCACCACUUUGCUGGACCUUGCCUGCAGUGACACCCGUGCGGUUACAAUAGUAAGUUUUAUUCUGUGUGUCCUGGAUAUAGUUUUCCCCUUCCUGUUCACUCUGGCAUCCUACGUGUACAUCAUAGCUGCCAUCCUGAGGAUCCCGUCAAGCAUGGGCAGGCAGAAGGCCUUCUCCACCUGCUCCUCUCACCUCACUGUUGUCACUCUUUUCUAUAGCACCCUCAUCAUUGUCUACCUGAUGCCCAGAACAGCCCCUCUGAGGCAGCUCAACAAAGUGUUCUCCUUUUUCUAUACAGUCCUCACACCCUUGGUCAAUCCCCUCAUCUACAGCCUGCGGAACAGGGAGGUCAGGGAGGCCCUCAGAAAAGCACUCAGGAAAGCUCUGGCUUGCACCCAGAGCUCACAGCAGUUGUGUACUCUUCUCUAA